AUGCGUUCCUCUCUCGUCCUUGCUCUGCUGGGCUCCAGCGCCCUGGUUGCUGCCGCGCCCAAGUCCAACAAGACUUCCACGAGCUCGUCCAGCAAGGCGACCUCGACCACGUCGAGCAAGAGCUCUUCUACCAAGGCUGCUUCAAGCAAGACUUCCUCGACUGCCUCUAGCAGCUCUGCCACCAAGACUACUGGAAGCGGUGCUUCUAGCUGUACUUUUACCGAUGCUGCUGCUGCCAGUGCCAGCAAGACUUCUUGCUCUGACAUUGUCAUUAGCGGUGUUACCGUUCCUGCUGGUGAGACUCUUGAUCUGACUGGCCUGAACAGCGGAACAACUGUCACUUUCGAGGGUACUACUACCUUUGAGUACGAUGAGUGGGAGGGCCCUCUCAUCAGCGUUUCCGGUACCGAUAUCACCGUGACUGGCGCCUCUGGCCACGUCAUUGACGGAAACGGCGCCAAGUGGUGGGACGGUGAGGGCUCCAACGGUGGUGUCACCAAGCCCAAGUUCUUCUAUGCCCACAGCUUGAAGCAGUCCACCAUCAAGGGCCUCAAUGUCCUCAACACCCCUGUCCAGGGAUUUUCCAUCAACAGCGCCACUGACCUGACCCUCGAGGACAUCACCAUUGACAACUCUGCUGGUGAUGGCGACGACGGUGGUCACAACACGGACGCUUUUGAUGUCGGAUCGUCUACAAACAUCCGCAUCAUCAAUGCCAAUGUCAAGAACCAGGAUGACUGCUUGGCUGUCAACUCUGGAACCAACAUUGAAUUUACUGGCGGUACCUGCUCUGGCGGCCACGGUCUGUCCAUCGGCUCCGUCGGUGGACGCAGCGACAACGAUGUGGACGGUGUCUACAUUUCCGACUCCACCAUCAGCGACUCGGCCAACGGAGUCCGCAUCAAGACGGUCUCGGGCGCCACCGGUAGCGUCAACAACGUCACCUACACCGGCAUCACCCUCAGCGGCAUCACCGAUUACGGCAUUGUCAUUGAGCAGGACUACGAGAACGGCUCCCCUACUGGUACCCCUACCGAUGGUGUUCCGAUCACUGACUUGACCGUCUCUGACGUCACUGGUACCGUGAGCGGCGGAACCAACAUUUACAUUCUCUGUGCUUCGGGCGCUUGCUCUGACUGGACCUGGUCUGGUGUCUCUGUCACUGGCGGUGACUCCAGCUCGGACUGUGAGAACAUCCCUACCGGUGCUUCUUGCUAA